UGAAAUUCGGAAUCAUUUACUUGUCACUUACUCACUUUAUAAUACUUUAUUUAAAUUGCGACAUGAAAUAAGUCAAUGAUAUUAAGAGAAUUCAUUACAUUAUUUUGAAAGAUACAAAAGAUACAUUAAAAGAUAAAUAUAAAUUAGAGGAAAUAAAAUUCAACAUACAGGAGAGUUUCGAAUGGUAGAUGUAAGGGCAGGCGGGUUUCAUUUAACUGUUUAUCCAUGUUCAAUAGAAGUACCUGCAUUAAUGGAAAGAUUUAUACAAUUUCGUAAUGAAUGCAUUAAAAACGCCAGUUUUCACCCUCUCUUAAUUGCAUGUCGUAUACUUUCAGCUUUUCUUCAUAUUCAUCCGUUUAUUAAUGGUAAUGGGCUUGUUGGUCGGUCAAUUAUGACAUCAUAUCUUAUUCGGAAUGGUUAUCCGCCUAAUGGUUUUGAACAAAUUACACAAAAAGAAGCAUUAUUUCUAGCACAAGCAAUGAAGGAACCAACCUUAUUAUAUGAUAUGAUAACGCAAAAUAUCUUUAAAAUAUCAAAAAUAAAGUCUUUUCUAUAUUAAUGUUUUUUUUUUAAAAAAUAAAAAUAAAAAUAUUUUUUAACAAUCCACUG